AUGAACAUGCUACGUGCCAUGGGCGGGUGUAUCGGUCUGGCUAUUUGUGCUGCAAUGCUAAGCUCUGAGCUUAACUCAGUUCUACCCACCAUACUGAGCCCGCAGCUUGUAGGUGUUGCCAAAGAGUCCUUGCGUGAAGGAAACGGGCUGAAUGCCAGCGAUUUGGCCCUCGUGCGACAGGUCUAUGGCAAGGGCUAUGAUAGGGGCUACCAAGUGAUGAUUGCAUUUGCGGGGGCAAAUGUGGUCGUCGCUGGACUGUUGGUUCUGAUAACAUACCGCCGCGGGGGUGUAGACAAGCUGGCGGAAGCUGCUCGGGCUUCAGAAACAGGGACUUAG